AUGUCAACAGAUGCUUUUAAAUUUCGUUGUAUUUUGAUAAGAAUUCAAGAAUCAUUAUCCGACACAGAUCGUCAAAAGUUACAUUUUCUACUUGGAGAAGAUAUACCAGGUCAGUUGAGAGAAAAAGAAUCUCUUUCAACGUCGAUUUCAGCAUUUCAAAAAUUACUUCAAACAUUGAAAAUUUCAGAAAAAGAUUGCACCUAUUUAAUAAAUGCAUUAGAAGAGAUACAACGUCAUGAUUGUGCACAAAGAUUGAAAGAUUAUCAAAAUUUAAUUGAAAAAAAUAUCGUAUUAACACAACGGGAAAAUUCGAUUAUUCAAACUAAUGAAGUAUCAACUUUAUUAUAUGAACUGAAUAUGGAUAAUACAGCAGAUGUUAUGGAUCAAUCAAUUACAGAUGAAGUAUAG